AUGGAGUGGCCGACCAGUUCUUUCCCAACACCCCAAGAGGAUACGACUCAUCCAGACCGCCUCCCCAUCGGUCAAUUGCUCUUACCCCGGUCAUCAGCCGUUUCGGGGUCUCAGCUAGUCUCCUCCGUCCUUGCAAAUUCCCCCUAUGGGGCCUUUACCUCCGUUGCGGCUGGACUUCCCCGUAGUAUUGAGCCUCAUGUUUGGACAAUCAAUCCGACGGAGGGUCUUUCUAGUGACAGAAACAUUCCACCACAAGGCGGCGUGGCGCAGACUGCACAAGCGCCUUUUGCCUAUCGCGAGAUCCCUGCCGAGUCUCUUGAUUUGUUGUAUGCUUCCACUAGUAGUGGUCAGCCCCGACGACACUGGACGGAUACCAAGGCAGACACGAACCCAACCUGGGUUGCCCCCAAUAGCGCCACGAGCCGCCGGCAACAUCCAGCUCCAGAAAGCCCACCGACCUUUGAGUGCAACUGGCUAGGCUGUUCCAGCUCCACACGUUUCAGCACUGAAGGAUCACCUCCGUGA